UCUCCAUGAAGACUUAAAAGGGGCCACGGAAGACUUUGAGAAAUCAAGUCACAUGCGCUACACAUAGUACGUAAUCUAAAACGCCAAAAUCCACCAUGGCAAGCAAUUUUGUGAACACGAAGCAGCUGGCCAGCGACAUGAAAGAGGAAAUCGAGAGAUGCGAAAAGGGGUUACGAAGCGAUGCCGGCAGUAGCAGUUGUUGCAUCUACAGAGUGCCAUCAAAGUUUGUGGACAACAAUGGCCACUGGUACACCGCCAGGACCGUCUCCAUCGGGCCGUACUACUACUACAGCGAAGGCCUUGACCGUGACUACAAGUAUCAGUGCCUCGGCUCCUUUCUGUCCAGAACCCGAAAGAAAGGUAUAGGCUUGGAGGACUGCAUGAAAAAGUUACUCCCGCUUGAAAGAGAAACCAGACAGUGUUAUUCUGCAGAGAUUCAACAGAGCGAUCUCAGCUCGAAUGACUACCUCGAAAUGAUGGUUCUUGAUGGUUGUUUUAUAUUAGAAUUGUUUUACAAGUUUCAUGAUCCGGAAGUGGUCAAGAGUGACGAACCUCUAGCACACCUUCUGUGGAGAUUACCGUAUUUCUACGUGGACUUGCUCCUCCUUCAGAAUCAAAUCCCUUUUUUUGUUCUGCAAAAGUUAUUUGAUAUUUCCAUGAUUCCUGACGAGGAGCACGGUCCGUCCUUGUCCUUGCCCUUGCUUGCUUUGCGAUUCUUUAACAACGUUUUGAGAAGACCCGACGAAGCCAUAGAGAGGUACGACAAUCCCGAAAAUCGGCCCUUGCAUUUGCUGGACUUGGUUCGAUCGAGUUUAAUCCCAAAUGAUCCAACGGCGUCACUGAACGACGAAGACACACAUAUCCAAUAUUCUAAAUGUUGCCGUUACGAGAUUAUAGUCCGUAUGAUUGAACCCCGACUACAAGACACACAUAUCCAAUCUAUUCCCUGCAUCUCGAAUCUCCGCAGUUCAGGGAUCAGGGUCCGACCGGUCAAGGCGGACAGCUUCUUGGCAGUAAAAUUCAAGGACGGCUUGAUUGAGAUGCCCAGCAUAACCAUCAACGACUUCAUGAGAUAUCUGUUGCUCAACUGUGUGGCGUUCGAGCAGUGCUACAAGAGCUGCACCAAGUACGUCACGGCGUACGCCACUCUCUUAGACUGCCUUGUCAACACCUCCGCUGAUGUCCAAUACCUUCGCGAGCACAUAGUUAUUGACAAUUACCUAGCCGACGACCACGAAGUUGCACUCUUCAUCAACGGUCUGGGCAAGGACGUGACCGUCGAUAUCCGCCACUGUUAUUUGUCCAAGUUGUUCAAUGAUGUGGACAAGUAUUAUCGGAAGAACAGCCAUGUAUAUUUUGCGAGCUUCAGACGAACAUAUUUUAACACGCCGUGGUCCUUCAUCUCGGCGUCGGCUGCCUUUGUGCUCUUACUGCUUACGGUUGUGCAGACCAUCUUCUCCAUCAUCACCUAUGUGCAUCCCAACAAUUAGAACUUCUACUCCAUUAAUUCCCCACUCCACACAAUGGGGAUUAUUUUAAGAGGAGCAUGGAUUUCUGAUCAAAAGCAUGGGACUGGCAUAUUCCAUAUUCUAAGCCAUCUACCUUGUAUUCCACACCUGAUCGAUAUUAUUAACUAAACCUCACC